AUGGCGAUAAACGCGUCUCUGCUGGCCCCGAUGGAAAAACUCGCCUUCGGCGGGACCAGAGCCAUGCUGAGACGCAGUCCGCGAAUUUUUGCAGACCUAGGCCUACGUCUGAAUCCGGAAAGAGGCAGUCUGCUUCUGGCAUGGAGCAUGAAAAUGAUGGAACAGCAGGAAGAAUUGGCCAAAAUUAUGACAGCUGAACAGGGGAAACCUCUGACCGAAUCGAGAGGAGAGAUUGCAUAUGCAGCAAGCUUUUUACAGUGGUUUGCUGAGGAGGGGAGGAGAAUCCUUGGAGAUGUCAUUCCAUCACCAUAUAAGGACAGGCAGAUGUUUGCAAUGAAGUUCCCCAUUGGAGUGGCUGGUCUCAUAACACCAUGGAAUUUUCCAUCUGCAAUGAUCACGAGGAAAGCGGGAGCUGCUCUGGCAGCGGGAUGCACUUGUGUUGUGAAACCGGCUGAAGACACGCCACUGAGUGCACUGGCUUUAGCUGCCAUCGCGGAGGAGGUUGGGGUGCCGAGGGGGGUUUUCAACGUGGUGACAGGGAGCAGGGAAACAACUCCUGAAAUAGGGAAGCUGCUCUGUGAGCAUCCAAAUGUUGGUGUUCUCUCAUUCACAGGUUCAACUGAAGUUGGAAAGAUUCUCUACAAGCAGUGUGCAUCAGGAGUGAAACGCCUUGCAUUGGAACUGGGUGGCAAUGCCCCGUUCAUCGUCUUCAAUUCGGCCAGUGUCAGCAAGGCUGUACAAAGUGCCAUGGCAUCCAAGUUUCGCAAUAUGGGCCAGACUUGUGUUUGUGCAAACCGGUUCCUGGUCCAAGAAGGAAUCCAUGAUGAGUUUGUCUCUCGCUUGAAGGAAGCAAUGGUGAAAGAACUUGUUCUUGGAGAUGGGUUAAACUCGGGGGUUACCCAGGGGCCUCUUGUCAACCAGCAGCAAAUUAACAGGAUCGAUGAGUUGGUAAGAGAUGCUGUGUCCAGAGGAGCUAAGCUUGUGAUGGGAGGGAAGAAAGCAGAAGAUCUGGGACCAUUGUACUUUGAACCAACUCUCUUAGUUGAUGUUAAGACAGAAAUGCCCUGCUUCCAAGAAGAGCAGUUUGGGCCUGUGGUCACUAUUGUCAAGUUCAAGACGGAGGAAGAAGCACUGAAGAUAGCCAACAAAUCCCGUCGUGGACUUUCUGGCUACAUUUUCUCACAAGAUAUCAAACAGGUGUUUCGUGUUGUGAAAAAACUGGAAGUAGGGAUCCUUGGGGCAAAUGAAGCCCUGCUCUCGUCAUGCGAAGCUCCCUUUGGAGGGGUCAAGGAAUCUGGGAUUGGCCGAGAGGGCUCCCACUUUGGCAUUGAAGAAUAUCUUGAGGUCAAGUAUGUCUGCAUCGAUACCCUGAGACAAAACAACAUGUCUCUGAGGCAACAGUUGGAGACAUUCAACACCUGGCGGGAAGAAGUGCGUCGUGGAAACUUUGAGCAGAGUGACAAGUUUCAGCGCCUUGGAGCCAUCUUGAAUAACCAGAGGCGAGAGAUUGAUGGACUGAGGAAUCAGCUUCGGGGUUUCUCAACAAGAGAUGGCCCUGAGAUGGAGAAGUUGAGAGCUACAGAGCAUAUGAAUGAUGAGUUGUUGGCUGAGAGGGCAAGGCUCCUGUCUCAUAGGUCCAGACUUGAAAAAGACAUCCGUGCUCUCCAGGGUGAACUGGCACAAGCAAAGACUACCCUUGAGAGGUUCAAGAUUGACAACUGGGAACUUAAGGCUGCCCUCUCCACAUCUGAGAUGAAGAGGAGGGAGGAGACAUGUGAUGAAGAAUCUUUUCUAAUCAAGACUUUGCAAGCCCAGCUGGAAGGAGAGCGAGAACAGCGUCAACAUCUGGAGAAAUCGAUUGAGGAACUGAAAUGCAAGAGUUUUGAAGUGACUGAUUCUCCUCUCUUGGGUGGAUCCAUUGAUUACUUUCAACUGCGUGAGAGUCUCCACAAGUCCAAGGUCAAACUGUCACAUAUGGAAGGUUCUGGUACAUCACCCACAAAGGACGUCAUGGAUGACUUCCUUGCCUCUGUCACUCCUUUGAUCACAAAUUGUGAAGUUCUCCUCGAACUCACGGAGGAACUGGAGAAGCGGGUAAAUCUGCCAUCCCAGUCACACACAUAUGCUGAACUCCAGUUGAAGAUGUACAAGGAGCGCUGUGAUCAGCUCACUGCACAACUCCUCACUUGGGAGGAGAGGGGGCAUGAUACAGAGAAGCAAUGCAAGGACUUGGAAAUCAUUCCUGUCCUUGAAGCACAGCUGGAAAUCUACAAACAAGACUUUGAGGCUGAGCGUGCUGCCAGGGAGAAGUUGGUGGGGGAAAAGGAUUCAUUGAUGAAGGAGAAUGACUUCCUGAGGCAGCAGAUCAGGAUUGUGAGAGAGGCACAUGGGGAACUUGGAGAGGGGGAAGGAGACACUGGAGGAGGGGAGGGAAGUCCCAGCCAACAGCCUUGCCCAAAAUGCAAUCUUCCAUUUACUAACAUGGAUGCCCUGCGGGAGCAUGUAAAUCAGUGCUUGGAUACUGUUAUGUGGCCUGGAUCAUAA